AUGGCAAAGGUCUGCUUGCUGCUGGCCACGCUCCAGAUGCUCUGCCUGCUCGGAGUCUCGUCGGAGCUGAGCGACUUCGUCACCAAGUACGAGAGGGUCCGCAUGCACUCCUUCACGGUGCCCACCACCAAGGGCGUCGACUCGAUGAGCGUCAAGCAGGAAUCCCAGGGCGGGUACAGGGUGUCCUUCGAGGCGUACGGCCAGAAGUUCAACCUCUCCCUCGCCGAGGACCCGAGGCACAUGAAUCGGAUCCCGGUGUACGUACACAACAACAGCGGCGUCUCGCGGGUCUCGUAUGACUCCGACUACACCAUCUACAUCGGCAGGCUGGAGGACAACCCCAGGUCCGAGGUCAUGGGCUACUUCCGCGACGGCAUCUUCGACGGAGUCAUCCGGACCGAGAGCAACGUGUACUUUGUCGAGCCGGCCGACAACUUUUUCCUUGAGAAGCAGAACUACGACGCCGUCGUCUACUCCGGCAUGGAAGUCAUGGCGCCCGACUGCAUCACCAUGGACGGCGGCGUGAGGGCCUGCUUCCAGAACAAGACGCACGCGUACGGACCAUCCAAGAUGCUCCAGCGGCUGCCCGCCGAGGACGUGCUCACGCGGAUGAGCGCGCAAAGGGUCAAGGAGUUUGGCAAGGGAUCCAGCCUGAGGGUGUGCGGCAUCGAGCUCCUGGCGGACCACUCGUUCUACCGGUCCCGCAACCGCAACAUCAACCUGGUAGUCCAGGAGAUGAUUCUGCACCUGCACUACGCCGACCUGGUCUUUCGCAACACUGACUUCAACCUGCCUUUCCGGAUCGGUCUCAUUCCAGAAAAAGUGACCAUUUUCACGGACCCCAGCACGAAGGGCUACCCUCUGGGUCAGGAGGACCUUUCCGCCAAGGACUACCUGGCCAGCUUCUCGUUCUACGUGCAGCGGCACUGUCUCGUGGUCGGCUUCUCCCACCGACCCUUCGAGAGUAACACGCUGGGCAUUUCAUUCGUGGCCAAUCCCGACCCGGAGGGCCCCGUGGGCGGCAUCUGCGAACUGCCGAUGCGCUUCAUCGACCAGGACACCAUCCACAGCUUCAACAUCGCGUCGAUCACGACGAGCACGUCGAACCGCAAGCGCGUCCCGCACGGCGUCUCGUUCGGCACGGUGACUCACGAGAUCGGCCACAGCUUCGGCUCGCCCCACGACCCGGCCGCUGACCCCUCGUGCCACCCGAUCGGCAAGUCCGGCUUCUUCAUCAUGGUCAAGUACUCGGUGGACGGGUCCCUGCCCAACCACCGGGCCUUCUCGCCCUGCUCCGUCCGAGACAUGCGCAAGGUCGUCAAGGCCAAGGGGACCUGCCUGGCAGAGGACGGUGCACGCUGCGGGAACGGCAUCAUCGAGCCCGGCGAAGAGUGCGACUGCGGCUCGGAGGCGACCUGCGAGACCCUGGACCCCUGCUGCAGCCCGGCGUCCUCGUCUAGCCUCUCCAUCCACGACGCCCUGGGGGACCUGACCGCCUCGAGCGACCACCCGUGCACCAUCCGCAGGACCGGUGGCAGCACGUGCAGUCCCAGGUCUUCCGCCUGCUGCAACGAGCAGUGCGGGGCGAUGGUGCUCUCCACCGGUCACAACACCUCCUGCCGGCCUUUCGAUGAAUGCAUGGCAUCGGGCAUUUGCGACGACAAGGGAGUCUGCCGACCGAUUGCUCCACGGAACGACGGAUUCCCGUGCAAGGGCACCAAGAAGACGUGCCGGCGGGGCAAGUGCCAGUCGACCCCGUGUCAGGACCGGGGCAUGCUGGACUGCGUGUGCGUGGACGAGGGCCGCUACGGCAACAACGAGUGCCACAUCUGCUGCCGGAACGGGACCCACGCGGCAUGCAUGCCGGCCAUCGAGCACGGCCUUAAGUCGCUCGACGGCAGGCUCUUCGUACAGCGCUCCGAUUAUUUCUGCCACGGACGCCGGGGACAGUGCGACGGGUUCGGCAUCUGCAUCGUGUCGCCCACGAUUUCGCACAGCAGCACGACGAGCGGAGGGGCCGCCAACCUUGUGGGGACGGCACCUGCCUUUGCAAGCUUCCUAACGUCCCUCCUGAUUUUGCUGCUCGGCACGCUGGCGCGGCGGAUCGGCCCCCUGAGCUGA